CUCAAAGGCCCACAGUCCUCCACUUCCUGGGGUGUCAGCCACAAAACAAAGCCAGCAGAGACUCCAUCAGCGCCUCCUUUUCUCCUCAUCCUCCCAGGCAUAGCUGCCUCUGCCUCUGCCUCUGGGUACCAUCCCAGGGAAGCAGAAGAUGAAGCGGAAAGUGUCUGUUCUCGCCUGCAUCCUCCACGUGCGGUUCCCAGGAGCAGAGGCACAGAGCUUUGGUCUGCUGGAUCCCAAACUCUGCUACCUGCUAGAUGGAAUCCUCUUCCUCUAUGGAGUCAUCGUCACAGCCCUGUACCUGAGAGCAAAAUUCAGCAGGAGUCCAGAGACUGCUGCCAACCUGCAGGACCCCAACCAGCUCUACAAUGAACUCAAUCUAGGGCGAAGAGAGGAAUAUGACGUCUUGGAGAAGAAGCGGGCUCGGGAUCCAGAGAUGGGAGGCAAACAGCAGAGGAGGAGGAACCCCCAGGAAGGCGUGUACAAUGCACUGCAGAAAGACAAGAUGGCAGAAGCCUACAGUGAGAUUGGCACGAAAGGCGAGAGGCGGAGAGGCAAGGGGCACGAUGGCCUUUACCAGGGUCUCAGCACUGCCACCAAGGACACCUAUGAUGCCCUGCAUAUGCAGACCCUGGCCCCUCGCUAACAGCCAGGGCAUUUCUCCUUCACGGGCUUCACCUGCUGAUGUCACUUGUGAAGGACAGAGGACAAAGCACCCCUCAGUUUAUUCAUUUCACAGCCACCGUUUCAUGAAGAGGAUGGUUCUCUCACUUGCCACGUUUGUCUUCUUCAGUUCCAAAGCACUGAACACAGAAUGUCACCCCUGGACACUCUAAAGGGAGAGCCACCCUUGCUCUUCCAUCCCAGCCCUGCUCUUGGGUCUUCUGGCAGGCUCCUCUCCUUGCUGAGCCCAGCCCUAGCUAGGAGUUGGGGGUGGAGGGUGGGGCACUAACACACUCCCUCCUGCAGCUAGCUGAGUUCAGUUUGCUUUGUAAAGUCCCCAGAGAAGCCCCGGGUAUUGUGUGUAUUGUUCUAUGGGUAUUGACUCGCUUCGCUCCUGCUGUAAAUUUGGCUUCUGUUGUCAUACUUUGCAGUCUCGAGGUAACAUGUAAUUAGGCCACAUUGUGAAAGGCAGAGAGGCAGGUACAAGGGAGUCCAGGCAAAUGCCAGCCAGAGGUGGCUCAAAGAAGGGAAGCAACACACAAGGUAGGUUCCUAGCCACAGGGGAACAGUAACAAGGGGCCUCUUUCCACCAAGAGAACUUUCCACAUCUCCCAACCUUUGUGCCAGGCACUCCAGGAAUGGUAAGAUGUCUUACCUUCAUGAAGACCAUGCUUUUAAGAGUGCAAAUAAUUUGUGUACAAACUGACACAGAAAAUAGAAUGGGCCAUUACCGCCAAUGACAAGGGAGCAAGAGAAAAGGGAGCAAGUCCUGCCUUCUUCCAGGAACUCGGUUCAUCCCUGUUGGGUGGCAGGAAGACCCAGCCCACCCAGGUCUGCAGUGUUCUCAAUGACAGUCAGUCAGUGGAUGGCAAGGUCAUUGUGUCAUUAAAGUGCCUGUACCCAUGGAUGGGGAGCCCUCUGAUCUCCUGGGUUUUUAAUUUAUACCAGCUUGCUAUUUUGCAUAAUAAACGCUUUGCUAAAA